CAUCAAGGACUGACUACCUAUAUCCGAAAGAGUUCAGGUUCAUUUCCAUUCAAUAGACAUAUUAAAGUAUCAAUAGCAUCGUGUCUAUUUUCCUCCGGUUUAUUAUUUUUUUAAAACGACGACGCUUCCGUAGGCGCUGAAAUUUCGACGUCUUUUAACGCCAGUAAACCGACGGAGCGCGUACCCUGAAGUUGACACGUUCCUUCACUUUGAUGUUAUCUUAAUUAAUGUGACAGUGAAUGGUUCAAAAUGGUGGGGCGCUAUACUGAAGGUGUUCCGACAACGGCAGAACUUGAAAGUAACGGCAAUAAGUACACUGUAAAUAGAAGAAAGAGCAACGGCGUAACUCUAUCCAAACUAACGUUAGCUCUAAUGGCGUUAGCUGCAGCGUUACUGAUUGCGUUGGCUGUUGGAUUGACGAUCUUGCUAUAUCCUCAUUGCACCAAUGCCGCACCGGAGGCGCUUCUUGAUACAAAAUCAAAGGAGAUUGCCGAAAGGCUACCAACGAAUUUAUCUCCAACGCACUAUAGAUUACAGUUGAUUCCAUUUUUGCACGAGCAAAAUUUCACAUCCAGCGGUGCGGUAACAAUAACUUUUAAAGUAAACGAAGAGACUGAUAAAAUUGUCAUUAACGCGUAUGAUAUGCAAAUUCUCAAAGAUUCCGUUAAAGUUCGAGAACUCAACGGUACUGAAUCAAUUUCAGUGAAGGAUCAAAGGUUUAACAACGUAUCUGAAAGCUACACGAUUGAUUUAAGUGAAAACUUACUGAAAGACAAAGAGUAUGAUGUGGAAAUGAAAUUCAUUGGGCAACUACGCGACAACAUGCAAGGAUUCUACAGAAGCCAAUACCUUGAUUCGAAAACAAACACUAUUAAGCGCAUGGCGAGUACCCAGUUUUCCCCAACUGACGCUAGAAGAGCGUUUCCAUGCUUCGAUGAACCUGCCUUCAAAGCAAAGUUUACGAUUAGUAUUGGAAGGCCUAGCAACAUGAGCAGUUUGUCGAAUAUGCCAAAAAGAACAACGGAUACAAUGAUUGAGAGAGAGAAUUGGGAAUGGGAUCAUUAUGCCGAAACACCCACAAUGUCGACUUUUAUCGUUGCGUUUAUUGUUAGUGAUCUCCAAGCGUAUAGGUACAACAAUCCAUCGGGUACCCAGUUUACAGUUCACACGCGACUGAGAACCGCUGAUCAAAUCAAAUUGGCCAUCGAAUUGAGUCCAAAAAUUCUGGAUUACUACGAAAAUUAUUUUAAAAUCAAAUUUCCUCUUCCAAAAAUCGAUUUGGUAGCGGUUCCCGAUUUCGGAUUCAAUGCUAUGGAAAAUUGGGGUUUGAUAACAUUCAGAGAAACGGCACUUUUAUUUGAUGAAAACACCGCAACUGUUGAAGACAAGAAGCAUAUAGUAGGUGUAUUGGCGCACGAGUUGGUUCACCAGUGGUUUGGAAAUUUAGUUACUCCCGCUUGGUGGAAUGAUUUAUGGCUUAAGGAGGGUUUCGCUAAUUAUUUACGUUAUCUUUCUAUUCAUCAGGUUCAACCAUCUUGGAAAAUUGGCGAUGAAUUUUUACUGGACGAAACAUACCAGGCUUUCAAAUUUGACUAUUUCAAGUCAUCGCGUCCGAUUACUCUCAAUGUUGUUAACGUUGAUAACAUACGGCAAAUGUUUGACAGUAUUUCAUAUUCGAAAGGGGCGUCCGUGAUUAGAAUGGUCAGUAAAAUAAUCGGAGAAGACAACUUUAAACAGGGAAUGAUAAGAUACUUAAACCAAUAUCAAUUUUCUAACGGGAAUCAUGACAACUUAUGGGACUCGUUGACGGCUCAAACGGAGAAUAUUAAACUCGAAUCAUCACUUAAAAAUAUCAUGGAUACGUGGAUCCUGCAGGCAGGAUUUCCUGUAGUUACUGCGGUUAGAAACAGCACUACUGGAACAGUUCAUCUAUCACAGAAACGAUUUUUGUUAUCAAAAGAAAAUGCAAGCGACGCACUGUGGUGGAUACCCAUUUCUUAUGCGUCUGACACAAACCCCCAACUAGAUGAUACAUCUCCAAAAUUUUGGCUAAAGAACGAACCCGAAGCUUCGGUGACCAUAAAUGCAAAUCACUGGUGGCUCUUAAAUCUACAACAAACAGGUUAUUACAUCGUUAAUUAUGACGAACACAAUUGGAGAAAGUUGGUCGAGAACGUAAUGAUCUUCCCACUUGAAACUCGCGUACAACUAAUAAGUGACUCUAUGGACUUGGCUCGCGCAAACUUGUUAGAUUACGACAUACCCCUAAGAAUGCUCACAAAUCUCGCAAUUCAAGAUAAAGACAUAUCAUUUAUCACACACCAAGCGGCGCUAAACAAAGUUUCGUAUCUAUAUAGCAUGCUAAUUAAUUCCCCAAUACACAAAAAGUUCCAGAACUUUAUUUUCCGAAUUUUUGACAAUGCUCUCACAAACGUCGACUUUAACGACCAACCGCAUGACGAAUAUUUAGUUCAAAGGAUUCGAAAGCUCAUUGUGGAAUGGGCUUGCAAGAAAAGUGAGAGUAUGUGUACUAAUAAUGCUCAAAAGCUAUUUAGGAAGUGGAUUGAAAAUCCCGUACAGAACAAGAUUCGGCCGAACAUACAAAAAGUGGUUCUCUGCACGUCUGUUAGGGAAGGCGGCGAGCUUGAGUGGGAAUUGGUGUACAAGCAUUUCAUGAAGACUGAUUCUGUUUUUGAAAAGAAUAUAUUACUGGAGGCCUUAGGCUGUUCACAAAAACCAUGGAUCCUUAAUAGGUAUUUAGAUCUCAUUAUGCAAAACAAUACCGCAAUCCGAAAGCAAGAUAGUCCUCAAGUAUUUAAAGCUGUUGCAAACAAUCCAGUUGGUUCUUCACUUGCAUUUUCCUAUAUCAGAAGCAACUGGGAUCAACUCAACCAACACUUUGGAUCAGCAUUUAGUAUCAUCAGCAAAAUGGUUGCGGAACUGCCAACCUAUAUGAAUACUGAAUACCAGUUAAUUGAGCUUAAAAAUUUCAAAAAGAAUAACCAGAACCACUUAGGAACAUCUUCGCAAGCUUGGGAUAGAGUUAUAGAAACAGUGCAAUCGAAUGUAGAGUGGAUGGGCCACAGUUACAAAUCCAUAGAAAAAUGGUUAUCAGAUCAGGCUCACUAUUAUGGGUUACAAAACACUAUGGUCGAUAGUACAGGAAAGGCAGAACUAUAAUAAGUAGGUAUCUAAAUAUGAUUUUUUUAAAUGUAUUAACAUGUAAAGAAAAUAAUA